AUGAUACAAAGUCCAAAAUGGACAUUGGAGAUGAGAUCAAAAGUGAAAAGUUGUUGCUUUUAUCACAACAUCAUAAUUCAUGUUUCAACUCUAGUCAGAAAUCUAUGUAGUAAAGAGUUUUCACAUGCUUUAUAUGCGCAUGUGUUUGUUACAGCUUCCACGUACUAUCAGUUCAGUCGUGUAAUAUUUGUAGACAAAAAUAUCUUUUUAAAAGCUUCGUUGGCGGUUAUCAGAAAUAUUUCGGAAACGGUCACUUGA